AUGAUUAAAGCAUUUCCUGCUUCAAACAAUAGCGUAGGAGCGAAGAAACAACUUGCUGAACCGGAAGUCAUUGCGUUGAAUGAAUUAUUGGAUACAUUUCCCAAUGAAAUUGACGAAACGAAGAGUGAAUAUGGAGACAAUUACAAGCGUACGAAGAUACGAGCGAGUGGGAGUAAGACUGGAGUUUUGUAUUGUCCUUAUAGGCCAAAGAAGAGUGUAGAAAACGAGGAAGAGGACGAUAUGGAAGAAGAGAAAAGAAGAGAAGGAGCACAAGAGGAACAGGACAGGACGUUUGAUACAACUGAGAGAUUUGUUGCUGACUCAAGAGGUGGUGCUGGAGGCCAUAGGAAGCUCACGGAUUUGGUCCAACGCGUGCGGGACUUGGAGAGAGACAAUUUGCAUUUGAAACAGGCUUUGUUAUUGCGAAAGAAGAAUACAGGACGAAGCAUGGAUGCUGGAAAUUUGAACAGCUUGGAUAAUUUAGGGGCUUUAAGUAGUUUAGUAGGCUUGAGAAGCAUCGGAGCACGGGACACGUCGGGAACGUUAGGAGUGGCAGAACAUACAAAUGUGGAGAGACUUUUGGCAGAGAGAACAAAAGUUGUGACGGAGAUGGUAGAGCAUUUAAAUGCAACGUUUUUGAGUCUACGAGACGCGUCAAGGGUAUGGCAUGAAGAUUGUCGCAUUAGUGCUGGUGUACGCGAAUGGGACGCGUUUGGACGUUUGCAGACAAUUAGUCUAUGGAAUAUGAUUCGUUCGGUGUUUAAGAGCAUUGUGGUGGAUGUAGUGGAGCUACGACCGCAUUUGCCAGACGGCGAAAUGAUGUUGACCAAAUGGCGCAUUCAGGGUGAAAUUGCCACGGCACGGCAUUUGGAGCAAGUAUGUGCAUCAGAAGACUGCCCAGCGACGAUGCGUGUGGCACUCAUGGCAAUUAAAUCGCCCGAUUUGUCAUUUACAGUCACGACGUAUGUCGUGUUCCAGGACUUGCGGAUUGCUGAGCAGCAUCAUUGUUGGGACCAAGUUGGUGUGUUCAAGCGGCUCUUUGGUGGUGAAAUCCCGCCAAUGGUACAGAAUAUGCUUGUCAUUGAUGAGGAUACAGUUUCCGGCCGCAAACAACCACUUGACGUAUAA